AUGAAGAGAAUAAACGAAUCAGAUGAACACAAAGAUAUUAGUGAAUACACAAAAGAAGAGUUGAAUCAACUGUAUAAAAAUGAUAUCUAUGACUUGUGUGUAAAGAAUGAUAUAGCAGUCACCAACAAAGAGACAAAGACAUUGAUGAUCAAAAAGAUACUCAAACAUGAAAAGCAAAGAGAAGAACAUCAACAACAAAUCGAGAGUAAUACUCUAACCGACUACAAUCAAGGUGCGUUAGAGUAUGCUUUGCCAUGGAUCAUCAUUGCUAGAAUACUAAAGGAGGCUUGUGAAACUAAAUGUAUUGCAAAGUGUACUUGUGUCAAUUCAAAGGCGUACUCUGAUGCGGUGGCCAACCGAACUCGCUUUGAAUUCGACUUGAAUAGUAGUAGAGGUGUAGUAACCGAUACUUCAUUCCAAGCAUCUAUGCUAGGUGACUCUGACUCUGCCGACAACAUACAAGAUCAAACUGUGUUUGGGUAUAUCCAAAUGAACCCUUUUAUCAAGAAACAUGAAAUCAAGCAAGAUGAUCUUUGUCCACUACACAAGUUCACCGUUGGUAUGGGGUGCCAGCCAUCAUUCAAUUUCGACGAGUACCGUAGAUUCAGUCAUUCGACUUUUAUGGACGACAGUAAACGUUGGACACGGUCUUUGGGAUUGGUCUCCAAGAGACUGUUCUCGUACGUGUCCACUCAUCUAUUCACCAACAUUGCAAUAGAACCAACCGAUGAAAUGUGGAGUCAUAUCAAAGACGAACAUUGUAUCAUUAAAAAGGCUACUACUCUGACUGUCAUGCCUGUCCCAUCUGGGUCGACACCCAAGUUCUUUGUUGACAAUACCUUUUCGUCAAAGGAGAUGUUUGUCGGCGUUGAAAAGGUGUAUAUUAAAGGAUCACACUUGCUUGAAAAGGUAGAGCACAUUAGAAAGUUGGGUGUAGCAAUGCCCAAGCUCAAAAGUAUUGUGCCGUACACUGACACCAAACCCAGCAAGUAUAUGGUUAAAGCACUCUUUACCACGUUUGACAACCUCACCUCUAUCAACCUACUCAACACUGGCUCGCUGUCUGAUGAAAUUGCACAAAUUAGAUCACUCCCGUCAACCACUAAACUCACCAAGAUUCUGUUGCCAGUCUACUUUGAUUGGAAUAGUAUGCAAUCGGAACUUAAACAAAACCUCCAAACCAUAUCAAUGCAUCCCAAGCUUAUUGUAUACCCAAAUACCGUGGAUAUUGAUUAUAAAGAGAUUCAACAACAAGACUUUCCCAAACUCAAACACGUCUAUAUCUCCUACUUGGUCAAUAUGCAUCCAAAUUGGGAUGAUCUAGUCGUCCCUGAAAGUGUCAAGAAGCUCUCGUUUAACUUGCCUCUACCAAAUGUAUCGCCACUCGUUCGUAACCCUCACGUCCGUACAGUCAGAUUCAGAGCCAUCAAGAAUAGAAAAGUACAAGACAGUCUAAUCAAUAGAAACAUUGCCUAUUAUUUCAAUGUCGAGGAUUUAAAACUAUUAAAGUUUAAUCAAACAAGUCUUACCAAAAUCAUCAUUGAUUCUGCCAAUGAUAUCAAUCAUCUCCAAGUCAAUAGAUUUAAAUCAAUGGGUUACCAAUACACUGGAUCAAUAUUUACAACUCCAGAUUCUUUAAAAAAAUUACAAUUUAAAAAAUUAAUUAAUAAUAUUAAUAAUAUUAAUAAUAAUAAUAAUGAUAAUAAUACUUUAUCCUCUUCUACAACAACAACAACAGUAAUUAAUAAUAUUAAUAAUAAUAAUAAUGAUAAAGUUGAAGUGGAAAUGAAAGUUGGUGAUAAUAGUAAACAAUUACCAAAUAAUAUUAUUCGACAGAUUAUAUCAAUGGUUUGGGAUUUAAGGGAUCGUUGUACAUGUAUUUAUGAUAUAAAUAUAUUGAAUCAAUGGAAUGAAAAAGGAAUGGAAAUAUUGAAUGAUGAAGCAUUGAUUGAAUCAUUCUUUGCAAUCAAGAAUCAAUGUGCUGUUCAUUUUUCAACAAAAACAACCUAUUCUCCACUUGGAUUAAAUGGACGACAAGUCAAUCGAUCAAGAUUACAAUUAUCACUCAUUUCAAAAGAUUUAUUCAAACAUAUUCAAUCAAACCAUUUUAAUAAUAUUUUAAUGGUAAAUGUACCUGAUAGAAGGGAUACACUUGGAAAUCGAACAGGUGACUAUUGUCUUUUAAAAAAGAUCAAUACCAUUACUUUAAAUCCAAAUAAUGUACAUCCAUUUGGAGAGAUUAGAUAUGAUGAUCAAGAGGAGAAAGAUGGUAUCACAAAAAUACGAUCAUUGGGAACAAUGGGAGCCAUCUCUUCUUUUGCUACUGGAUAUCCCAACAUUUGUUCAUUGGUGUUGCCUGGGACAUCAUCAUUUCCAAAAACACUCGAUCUUCAACAAUUCAAUUUACUCAACAAACUUGACUUGAGUCAUAUGACUGGUCACUGUGACUAUGCUUAUCUUGCCAAACUGUUAAAAGACAAGCCACUCAUCAAACUCUACUUUCCUAUUCAUGCAGCAUCUGGCUACGUCGAGCUGACCGAUGAUGUUAUGAAAUCGGUCCGAUGCAUUUUACUCAAGCCACAAGAAACACGAAUCAUCGCGUAUUUCCCCAACUUGACAAGUGUGAGAUACCGCAGUAACCACAACUCUGCCUGUCCCGCCAUUCUCAGACUCCCACCAACCAUCAAAAAGGUCAAAGCUCACAACAUCAGCUCAACAGAUCCAUACAUCAAAACCAAUACCUCUGUUACAACAUUUAAAUGUACUGGUAGUUAUGCACUCGGUGUAUACCUCGAGCAACUCUCCCAAACAGACCAUGUCCAGCAAUUCAUCUAUCAAAACAACAAAACUACACCAAUCCUUGACCUAUCAACUAUAAACACCAAUUUCAAACUUGAUUAUGCUCAAUCUAAAUUUACAACUGAUAAACAUUCAGCAACUGUCAAUUUAAACUAUUCAAGAAAAUAA